AGGACCUAGGGUAUAUCUAAACAGGUUAGAGAGUAAGUAACCUAGGAAACAAAGGACCUAGGGUAUAUCUAAACAGGUUAGAGAGUAAGUAACCUAGGAAACAAAGGACCUAGGGUAUAUCUAAACAGGUUAGAGAGUAAGUAACCUGGGAAACAAAGGACCUAGGGUAUAUCUAAACAGGUUAGAGAGUAAGUAACCUAGGAAACAAAGGACCUAGGGUAUAUCUAAACAGGUUAGAGAGUAAGUAACCUGGGAAACAAAGGACCUAGUUGUUCUUGUUACCAUGUAACGCGGGUACAGGAAGGUGCCUAUGACCGCGUCUGACGUGAAUUGGAGCUGUACUUUACUCACCAACUCUACAAAUAGUUUGGUUUCCUGGACUAAUUCUUCGUAACGUUUGAAGAGGUUGGAUGUAGUCUCGGUACAAAUUGUUAUGUAGAGGGCCGCUCGUUCUGUCAGAGUCAAUUGUCGGCGGAGUGUACAGGGCCGCGGGAGUGUGUGUGCCGUGUCGGUCCCGACAGUUGUUAAACACGAGUGGACGGUGCAGGCUCGGGAUAGAAGGACAACUCGUACCGCACCAAUCAUUGUCAACAACAAUGUACUGUCAACCCUAAUGACUGUCGAGUAAGGUGGCUGUCCAACAGUAACGAUGGAGGAAAAUGGCAACCUGACAGGGAUAGGGAAUGGCAGUGUACUUCCACCGGGUGUCCCUGAUGGACAGGUGGCAACCAUACCCGUUACCCAGGAUACUAUGGUAACGUUACGUCAGAACCGGAAAGGGUGUUAUUUUACGCGCGUGCAAGUCGCAAUUUUCACUGUGGCGUUUGCUCUUUCAAUAAUUCUUGUGGUUUUACUUUUGACGUUUGUACGAAAAGAGCAGAUAAUACACGUAUCAUCCCCCGGAGCGUUACAAGAUUGUAAUCCGAAAAUAAAAUAUAAUACUACCGGGAUAUCUGUGGAAUCGGAUAUUGUACAAAAUGAAACAAGUUCUGUUUCAGCUGAAAAUUUAACUCGUGUUGAAAACGCGACUGAUAAUACUACAAUUCCUGAAAAAGUAAAUAGCACGGACGUUUUGGUUCCAGAAAAAGUUUCCAGACCCUGGGACAAUAUUCGAUUACCACGUGAUAUACUACCGGAAAGAUACGAUAUAUUUCUCAAGAUUGAUUUAGAAAAUAGAACAUUCAAAGGAAGCGUUAAUGUGACGGUGAAGACGUCGGCUCCGAAGAAAGUUCUAUUGCUGCACAUCAAUCUUCUGUGGAUUUUGAAAGAUUCCGUAAAAGUUAGAACUCUGGAUGGAAGUAGAGUUUUCAAUAUAAAACGACAAUUUCAGGUUUGGAAAACACAAUUCUGGGUUAUAAUUCUCGAGGAGGAACUUACUCUAACCGGAUAUUACGUCAUUGAAAUUGGCAAUUUCCGAGGAACCAUGUACACGGAUUUACGGGGGCUAUAUCUCAGCUCGUAUGAAUCGUCAACUGGUACAAG